AUGCAAUACGAUUCAGAAGAAUUCAUUCCUCCAGCCAUUUCAAUAGAUAUUGGUUCGGGUAGGUUUAAAUGUGGCUUCUCUGGAGAAGAGGCUCCACUCUUUGACAUGCCAACCAUUUGUGGUAGAACUGCAACAUCACCAAUGCAUUACUACAACGGUCACAGGACUACUGGCUACCAGGCUAAACCAGAUAAACCCGAUGAUAAAUUCUUUGGUGAGGAGGUUCUCUUGCAAAGGAGUUACUUGACAAUGAAUUAUUUCAUUGAGAAUGGAGUUGUAGUGAAUUGGGAUAAUUAUGAAUAUGCAAUGCAUCACAUGCUCUAUAAGAAAAUGAAAGUUGAACCAGAAUGUCAUCCAGUGAUAUUGAAUAGCCUGCCUCAUAAUCCAAGGGCUGAUAAGGAAAAAGCAACACAGAUCAUGUUUGAAACAUUCAAUAUACCAGCCAUUUAUUUUGCAAAUUCAGCACAAAUGGCAUUGUUUGCCUCGGGGAGAACUUUUGGAGUUUCAUUAUUGUGUGGUGAUGGAGUUUCAUUGGUAGCUCCAUUCACAGAUGAUCUCCGUGCCAACGAUGUUUAUAGAAUGAAUUUUGGUGGAAGAGAUUUGAAUGAUUACUUAUUGAAAUUGGUCAUGUCGAGAGGAAAAUGUUCAUUGACAGAAUUUAUUGGAAGGGAAGUCAUGAGGGAAAUUAAGGAAAGUGGCUAUUUCACAUGUGACACCUCUGAGAAGAUAACGAAAAAGUAUUUUACUUUACCUGAUGGAUCCAGGAUUGUCAUGGAGGAGGAAUUAUUGGAAUGUACAGAACCAUUAUUUAAUGUUGAAUUGAUUUCAUCGAGUUUUCAAUUUUCUGGUUUGCACGAAAUGUUAAAUCAUUCCAUUUCUAACAUGCCAAUUGAAUAUAGAAAAGAUCUUUAUUCGAAUAUAGUUCUCUCAGGAGGAACAACACUUUUCAAUGGAUUUAAGAAGAGAUUGGAAAGUGAAAUGGAUUCCAUCUCAAAAUCAAAACUUUCCAUUAUUGCUCCUUCUCAAAGAAACCAUUCCAUUUGGUUAGGUCAAUCAAUCUAUAGCUCCCUAGAAUCAUUUCAAUCCAUAUGGAAAACAAAGGAAGAAUAUGAUGAAUCGGGUCCAGGUGUUGUGUCACGAAGGCCUUGUUGGUAA